AUGGCAAAGGGACGAUGGGCUGGCUUGGCCGUCCUCGCGGUUCUGGUCAGCAUCUCGUUUGCGGCCAUCCCACCAACAAGCGACAGCUAUCAACUCACCUGGACCAACAAUGACAUCUCCAAGGCGGUCGUUGACAUCAGGGAUGUGCUGACUGCUGAUCUGGACAACGAUGGUUGGGUAGAUGUGAUAUCAGUCGCUUCCUACAACGAUCAAGUGACUUGGUACCGAAAUUUGGGCAAUGGAACCUUUGGGCCGCAGCGACUUGUUGGCGUUAUCCAUGCGGCCUUCCAGGGCGCUGUUGGUGACUUUGACCACGACGGGUGGGUGGACGUGGCGGCCGGCAGUACCAAUGAUGACUCGUUGGUCUGGUUUAGAAAUACAGGCGGUGGCAACUUUUCUGCCGGUAUUAUUGUGUCGACGGUGCACGAUGAAGUUCGCGGACUACUCGCAGAGGAUCUAGACAACGACGGUUUCCUGGACUUGGUAGUUUCCGACUAUGGCAAUGAUCGCAUUGUCUGGUACCCAAAUGCACACGGCGCCUUCAACGCCAGCUCAGUGCAAAUCCUGCCCGGCUUGUGCGAUGGCCCGCGCCAGCUGGCUGCCGGAGACUUGAAUGGCGAUGGUUGGCUUGACAUCGUGGCGCCAUGUAUCAACGAAGGCCGUGUACUAUGGUGGCCGAGCCAGGGCAAUGGCUCCUUUUCAUCUUGGCAGCUCAUCGUGCAGGGCCUCGACAAGGCACAGGCUGUGAGUGUACGAGAUGUGGACGGCGAUAGCGCGGUAGACGUGGUGGUGGGCGGAGACAACAGCGCUUUGUUUGUACAAAACCGCCUCGCUUCAGGGCAUGGGUUUUCCACCAACCUGACAAUCCGCCUUCACGACGUUCGGCAAAUUAUUCUUGAAGACUUUACUCAAAGCGGUGCUCCAGACAUGUUGUUCAUCACUGGGAACGAGUUCUUCACUUGGUUCCUCAAUCUUGGCAAUGCAUCCUUUUCUUCGCCCUUGCAAAUAUCCACGGGUGAUCUAAAUAGCAUUGCAGCCUUGGAUGUGGACGGAGACGGUUGGCUUGAUCUCGUGCAUGCAUCGCGCCGCACCACUGGUCUUGUUUGGCGUCGUAAUGCCGGUUCCACGGACACCGUGUACACAAGACGACUUUUUGGAGAGGAAAGGACCAUAUUCGAGUCAGACAUGGAUCGACCUGGCCCGUGUGCAACCGCCGAUUUUGAUCAGGACGGCCUCGUCGAUGCGCUUGUAGCCAGUUCGGUGGAUGGUACCGUGCUGUGGUAUAAGAAUUUAAACAACGGGAGCUUUGGUAGUGCUCGCUUGGUGCAGGAGAGCCGUGGCUCCGGCGUGGCUAUCGUUGACACUUGCGAUUUGAACGAGGACGGCCUCGUGGAUGUGCUCACAGCCAGCCCGACACUCAGCACAUUGGCUUGGCUUUCCAAUUUGGGUAAUGGUAGAUUUUCAUCUCCCAUCACGAUUGAUUCUGGCGCCUCACAAAUCUGUGCCAUGAACGUGCUCGAUUGGAAUGGCGACGACCACCUGGAUCUACUCACAGCUGAAUGCGGGGACGGUAGCGUGGGCUGGUACCGCGGCUUUGGCAACGGUUCAUUUGGUAUACGGGCUGUAUUGCACAGUGCCAAUGCCGCGGUGUCAACCAUCGCCCUCGCUGUGGGAGAUAUUGACCAAGACUCGCAUCGGGAUCUAAUGGUGUCUGAUACAUCCCAUGCUAUUGUGUGGUGCUUGAGAGGCCUUGGCCAGGGCGCAGUGGCCCCGGCGCAGGCACUUGUAGCCGCGGGUGGGCCAAUCCUGUAUCUCGAUGUUGCUGAUAUGGAUGGCGACGAUUUGCUUGAUCUGGUUGUGGGUACACUUGACUAUACCAUCAGCUGGUUUCGCAACUCACUGGAUGCGGCAUGGGAUCAUCAUGGGGUGAUUUUGCAAGGCACCACGGUCUCGGUUGUGAGAGGAUUUUGGUUGCAAGACAUAGAUAUGGAUGGUCGAGUUGAUGUCGUGGCUGCACUGAGCACGACCCUCCGCAUUGUAUGGUUGAGGAACGAGGGCGAGGACAGCUUUUCUACCAUGCUGCCCAUUUCCCUGCUGGAUCGAGGGGCAUCGGACGUGGCGUUUGCUGAUAUCAAUAACGAUGGUCGUCUCGAUCUGGUCUCAACCAGCGCCGAGCGAAGCACCCUCUUAUGGAAUCCAAACUUCUUAUUGGUGCGUGAGAUGUGGCACUCACGCCCGUCAUCUCGGCCUACAGCAGCGCACGUCAUGGUGGCUGUGCAGCGCUUAUCGAGCGUGCCAGCGCUGACCGGCCACGCAAGCAACCCAAUGGCAUCCGUGGCCUGGGAAGAACAGGCCGAGAGCGAGUUAUAG